AUGACUAGGGAAUGCAGGAUUGAUGCUAGAUCUACGGGAAUAAAUGAUGUGAGGAACUUACGGCUUCAAUUUCAAACCAAACUGUCAGAUCCUCUGUUUACUGGAAGGAAACUACGGGGAGUUGGGGGUGCUCGCAUUUCCGUUGCCUUGAUCGAUGCGAAUACAGGGGAUGUCAUUACAUCAGGCCUGGAAUCCUCCAUUAAGUUGGAUGUCGUUGUGCUUGAAGGUGACUUCAACAAAGAUGAUGAGGAUGACUGGGCUCAUGAAGAGUUCGAGAAAUUCAUGGUUAAAGAGCGUCAACAAAAGGGGCUGCUUUUGACGGGAGAUCUCCAAGUGACACUCAAGGGAGGUAUUGGGGAGCUGGGAGAACUGAUAUUUACUGACAAUUCUAGCUGGAAUAGGAGUAAAAGAUUUAGGAUAGGGCUUAAGAAGGCAUCGGGUUAUUGUGGGAAUACGCGAAUCCGAGAAGCCAAAACAGAUGCCUUCCGUGUCAAGGAACAUAGAGGAGAAUCAUCCAAGAAACAUGACAUACCUGCAUUUGGCGAUGAGAUCUGGAGGUUGAAGAUGAUUGCCAAGGAUGGGAAAUAUCACCAAAACUGA